AUUCGCAACAUGUUUUCCCUGAUGGUGAACGUGUGUACUCAAGAGAUCUGUUUGUAUUCUUAUGUUUUCUGUUGUUUGCUGUGGCCUGUUACUUCACAAUCAAAGUUAACGAAGACAAAAUUUUAAACAGUGUAAUGUAGCAUAAUUUUGAAUCAGCCCCUGACAUAAUUUGAUUCGCAUCACUGGUCACACUGGAAGAAACCAGAAAACGAAGCUGGUUCAACAUGAAGAACAUGUUUCAAACAUUAUGUAUGAAUGAACAUGAAAAUAAUUAUUGACACAACCCAAAGUACUGCUUGAAUGCCGUAGAAUUGUUGGAAUCGUAAAACAGAUUGUAGAGACAGGCUGUCGUCAGAUUUUUGCUGCAGUUCAAGAUCUUGAAUUUCAGGAGUAGGUUGAUGACUGGUGUAUUUGCCGCACCCCAAAUUUUAAGAGAUUACCUCAGGAACCAAACCAGUCACCAUGAAUACACAUGGAAACAAGAACUAUUUCAAGAUUGCAUUCAUCUUUCUUGAUAUUGUCACUGAACAUCUCAGGAACAUUUUCAGACAGGAAUGGGACACCCAAUGUCCAAAAAAUCCCUGGCACGAUGACAACAACAGUCUCCAGUACCUAAAAACAGAAGCCACAAAACUUGGUACUUGGAAGAGUUUGAAGAAUCCUCCUAAGUCAGGUGACCGAGACGACUGGGAUCCAACUACCUUAUUCUCUGUGCUACUGUAUUCUAAAACCAUAAAUCUUUCAAAAGCAAAAUGCAAACAAAUUGAGGAACUACGAAAAAUAAGAAAUAUCUACUUUGCGCAUCCUCCUACAGCAUCAAUAAGUAGAAGAGCAUUCAGAGUCAUCUAUCAAGACAUUAAGACGUGCAUGAUCAGUCUAAACUGUUCCAAAUACAUGCAAAAACAAAUGGAUGAUGUCAAAAAAGAAAUUAUGAAAGUACCCCAAGGUUACAUGAAGAAAGUAGAAGCAAAAUUAUGUAUAAUCAAAAUUCUGGAGACCGAUAACAACAAGCUUCUAAUGCAGUUGCUUGAUUUGCUACAAAAAUAUGGAAAUUCCAUAUUAUUCCUUUUGAUUGUUAUUAUAGUUGCCAUGGUAUUUUACUUAUUUUUACAUCAAAGCUAUGGCCCCAUAAAGUUGUUUACAAGAACAUGUAAUAACUCUAACAAUAUCUUCCUUGAGUCACAGAAGCCUGUCUAUUACAUAGGCCAUGAAUGGGAUAUAAACACAGGUGCGAAUGUUCUGGCCAAUGGUUCUUACCAAGUGGUCAGCAUUACUGGUCCACCAGCAAUCGGUAAAACAGCAACGGCUGUAGCAGUAGGACAAGUCUUGAAGAACAAUCAUGGUUAUCAAGUGGCUUUUGUGGAUUUCAAACAAAUAAAUGUGAGCUCCGUUCGCAUUAGAACAGAUAUUUACAAAGAUAUUGUUUUGUCCAUAGAUUAUGAAUUGGAAAAUGUGCCUGAUUCACUGCAAGAAUUUAAAUUGCUGAUAAUAAAACUAACAACAUGUCCAACACUGCUCAUUUUUGACAAUAUAGAAAAUAUUUUGAACUCCACAUCAAAGGAAAUAUUCUACGAGAUAACAAAACUGUGUUUGGCAAUUAACAAAGUCAAAGUCCUUACUACAUCCCGAAAAGAAUUUGAUAUCAUAGGAGUGGCUAUAUAUCCGAUUAAAUUGGAGCCAUUGCCAAAAUCAGCGUCAAAAUGUUUAUUGUUUAAACUUUUGCCAGGAUUUUUACAAAAAAGCUUAGUUACGAAAAUAGCAGAGAAAACAGGUGGGAUUCCUUUGUUGUUGGAAGUAGCUGCAAGUCUAGUACGUAGCAAAUACUAUGAAGAAUCUGAAUUACUGAAAAGAUUUGAAGAACUGCCCAUAUUAGUCAUUCUUAAUGACACCAAAGACAUGACAGAGUCUAGUAACUAUUACAAGCUUCUUAAGAUUUUAUUUGAUGGUUUUGAUCCAAGUGUCCAAUUCACCUUUAUUGCUGUUGGGGCAGUUCCAGUUAUUUUGGAUCAGACCAGUGCCGAUGCUGUAUUGAACUUGAACUUCAGUGAAAAAGUUGAUCUAUAUCCACUUGUAAACUAUAAUCUCUUGAAGAUAUUUGACAUGCCAAGUGGACAAAGGUUGUACGGAAUGCACUCUGUUAUCAGUGAAUUCACCAGAUUGGUUGCUGAAGAUAAUCCACAUUGGUCAAAGAUACAACUUGCAGGAUUUAAGCCUUUUUAUGCGAUAGAAACAGAAUCCGGUAAUUGUGAAUCACUUUCACUUAUUGCGGCAGAUUACAGUGACAUGACAUUACAGCAACCAAUAUGGGAACGUGCCGGUAACGUACAAAAAUUUCUGGUGCAUAAUAGAUUGAUUGAAAACAGUGAGCAAUGUGGUGUAAUGGUGGCAUAUCGUGCUGCACUUGAAUUUUUUGAUCGUGGUCAAUAUGCUAAGAGCAUGGACAUUCUACUCCGAACAAAACAACUAAUAAAAGACGAUGAUAAUCAACUUCUUAAGACUCUGGCAAACUUUGCAUUAUCGGACACAGCAAAAUACCUCAAGCAAGGCAAUUUAAAUCUGAGUAUUAAAUUUAGCAAUUUGUUAAUUAGGACAUUGAAUUUGAUAGAAACAGACCCAUGCUUUGUUGCCACAAGUCUGUUCAAACUUGGCACAUUGUCCAGUAACACAAGUUUUUACAUAGAUGCUGCUUUUGUUUUAAAACAAGCCUUAACAUAUUAUCGACAACAAUAUCAACAACAGAAUUGUAGCGAAGAAAAUUUGGUAUCUUUGGUUUUUAAGCUUAGAGAGAGCUUAUAUACCCAUUGGCAAUAUCAUGCAAGCAUAGCUGAUUUACGCAUAUUAGCUGAUCUACUGAAAAUCAAUGAUGACCAACUAGAGUUUAACAUAUUAGAGACUGAUUGGUUUCUUGCUAUUAUGUUUUAUAAGGCACAGGACUAUGAAAGCUGCUUUCAAAUAGUAAGAAGAGUCCUUAUGAGUUCUUAUGAAAUUGAUUAUCAUAAACAAAAGCAUGUGUUUCAAGCUUUGACAGACUUGGCCCUCAAAGCAGCUGAUACAUAUUUCAAACAAGGUAACUUUGCUAUGACCAUCCAAUUUAACAUUCUUUCUCUUAAUACACUGAAAAUGUUAGAAACAGACUCAUGUUUUGUUUCAUUACUUUAUUUCCAUGUUGGCCUUCUGUUCUAUAGGCUAGGAAUUUACGGACAAGCUACUACUGCUUUUAACCAGACUUGGACAUUUCAUAAACAGAACAAGUGUGAUGAAGACAAUUUGGGGCUUGUAGCUUUCCACCUCGGGAGAACCUACUAUCACUGUGGUCAAUAUAACGAUAGCAUAGAUGUUUUACACAUGGCGGCUGAUCAAUUGGAAAAAGAUUAUUUACAUCAGUUUAUGGCUAAUAGCUUCCUUGCUUUUAGCUACUCUGAGAUACAUGAACAUAAAACAAGUUUUCAAAUUACAAGAAACAUCCUCAUCAAUAAUUCUUAUUUGUACACACUCAACAGCUCUUUGUAUGAAGGUGAUCUUAUGAAUCUGACAAACAUUGCAUUAUUAGCAGCAACCAAAUACCAUAACCAAGGCAAAUUAAACCAGAGCAUUGAAUUUUACAAUUUAUCUAUUGCAACAUUGAAAAUGGUUGAUGCACACUCAAGUUUACUUGCUUCUGUGUAUGCAAACCUUGCCAUUGUCCUCUUUGGCGUGGAGAGACAUGCAGAUGCAGCAGUUGCUUUAAAUACGGCACUGGAAUUUCAUAAAUGGAAAGGGUGUGAUGAUGAACAGCUUAUUGUUGGAGCAUUUAGCAUUUGGAGUUCUUUUUAUACAAUUGGCCAAUACUAUAAGAGUAUAGAGGUUUUACUUGGAACAAUUGAUGUAUUGAAGAAAAAUUCUGAUCAUCAAUUUGAAGCAAAUGUUAUGCUUGUUUCUAGUUAUUUUAUGCUACACGACUAUGAAAAUGCUUUUCAAAUUCUUAGGAAGGUCUUAGAUAGUUCAUAUCAAGUUGAUUAUCUGAAGUACAAAGAGAAGCUUGAGACUCUGAGAAAGCUGGCAAGAGCAUAUAAAGUAUUGUAAUGUAAUGUAUGCCAAUCUGAGCACUGAUUGGCAAUACAGGUAUACACAAUUUCAUUAUUAAGUCACAAUUAAUUAAAAGGUUUCUAAUGAUUAUUGGAUAUUUUGCCCCAUAUUAUCUUGUACUAAAGUAUGCAAUAGACUUUACAAUAAGUACCAUAUUCAUAAUUUAAAAGUAGAUUGUUUACCUGUUCACUAUGGGACAAAUGACAUUCGCUUUCCUGUCAAAAUAUAUGUAAAUGUACUUAUGUUUAUUUACAAGAAUAAAA